AUGUUUUGGUUGAUGACUAAUUUAUGCUUUGAAUAUUCAAUAUCUCUUUCUUUAGCCUCAAAUGGAAAUCCUCAGAAUCCAGAUUCUUUACACUACAUUGAUCCUUUUGGCCGGUUGAAUUCUUAUCAACGGGCUAUAAUGGAGGUCGGGGAGGUCAUUCAGUUUUAUGAUUCCAAUAGGCGCUUUCCUGCUUGGGGCUUUGGAGGAAGAACAAUUGAUGGUACCACAUCACAUUGUUUUAACUUGAAUGGAAGUACAGGUGCCUUUGAGGUUGAAGGAGUUGAAGGCAUCAUGGCUGCUUAUGCAAGGGCUCUCCAUAAUGUUGCCCUGGCAGGACCCACUUUAUUUGGCCCAGUGAUUAACACAGCUGCACAAAUUGCUGGCCAGUCCGUCUCGUACAACAGCAACAAAUACUUUGUCUUGCUCAUUAUUACGGAUGGAGUCAUUACAGACCUGCAAGAAACAAAAGACGCUUUGGUCAGGGCAUCUGAUCUGCCUCUAUCUAUCCUUAUAGUCGGAGUGGGAGGUGCAGAUUUUAGAGAAAUGGAGGUUCUUGAUGCUGACAAUGGAAGACGGUUAGAGAGCUCUACAGGUCGUGUGGCUACACGUGACAUCGUGCAGUUUGUUCCAAUGCGAGAAGUGCAUAGUGGGCAGAUUUCUGUGGUCCAGGUUCUAUUGGAAGAGCUACCUGGACAGUUUUUGACAUACAUGCGUAGUAGAGAUAUCUAGCCAAGCCCUCUCCAUGCAGCCUCAACUUCUGCUUGACUAACAUUUACCAUGUACACAAGAUUUAUAAAUAUGCUGACUUUGAUCCCAUCAACUGAAAAAUUUUAGGUCUGAACCAAUUACAAGCUAACUUACCUGAAAGGAGCUCUUUAUUAACAAAUUUUUUAGGUCUGAACCACUAAC